AUGUGGCCGUGGAUCGACAGGAAGGAGUCGCCGGCGCAGAAGAUGAACCGCGCGCUCGUCGGCGCCAGCAUUACUUCGUGCAAGAGGGCAUCGGUCGCUGGCGACGUAGCGCGCGCAGGCCUGCGCGUCGCCGGCGCUCCGCCGCUCCUGCAGGACCUGUCUCCAUUUCUCGAUGUCGUCACGGGCUCGUUCAAGCCUAAGGGCGUGUGCGGAUGCGACCACAGCCCGCUGGACCGCGCCUUCAACAUCGCCACGGCCGUCCCGUACGUCAUGUCGGGAUGGGAGAUGCUGCGGAAUCGCGAGACGAGCGCGGGCCGGUUCUUCGGCGCGAGCCUGAUCUUCGCGGGCGCGUCGGCCGUGGCGUACCACGCCUCGUGGGGCAAGGCGCGUACCAUAGCGCGCAAGCUGGACUACUGGUCCAUCUCGGCGGGGGCGACCGCGAUGAGCUUCGCGCUCUUCCCGUCGCUGCCGCGGCAGAUCCGCACCGCGUCGUACCUCGCCACGCCCUUCGAGCCCUUCAAGACGUCGUUCGUGCACGCCACGGCAAUGGAGCUGGAGUUUGCGCGCCGGGCCGCCAAGAACCCCAAGUUGCGGGCGUCGCAGGCGCUGCACCUCGCAACGACGGUGGCGGGGAUGGCUUGCUUCAGCUACGAGUCGUACAAGCCCGAGACGAAGUACGUGCACGGCGUGUGGCACAUCUGCUCAGCGAUCGCGGUGAGCCAGCUGGGACGGCUCGUCGCAGACGUCGAGGCGGAGGUCCUGAGCACCCCUGGCUUCAAGGGCAACCCCGCGCCCUUUGUUCCCGAAUACCAGUACCUGCACAACAAACACCACCCUGAGUCAGUCAGACGGGCAUCGCUGUCCGCAGAGAUCGUGCCGCUCUCGCCUCCGACGCAGCCGUCGAUACAACGGCACAGCUCUCCGCCGGUCAAAGCCGGCUGA